CCGUGCCGCGUGCGCGCGCCGGAGACCGCCUCCCGCGCCGCUGGCUGGGCUCGGCCAUGGGUUCGGCGCCGGCCGCGGGCUCGGUGCGCGCGCGCUACCUCGUGUACUUCCAGUACGUGGGCACCGGCUUUAACGGGGUGGCAGCCGUGAGGGGCGCCCAGCGCGCCGUCGGGGUCCAGAACUACCUGGAGGAGGCCGCCGAGCGGCUCAAUUCCGUGGAGCCGGUCAGGUUCACCGUCUCCAGCCGCACAGACGCCGGGGUCCACGCCCUGAGCAACGCGGCGCACCUGGACGUCCAGCGCCGCUCCGGCCGGCCGCCCUUCCCGCCCGAGGUCCUGACCGAGGCCCUCAACACCCACCUGCGGCACCCGGCCAUCAGGGUCCUGCGGGCCUUCCGAGUGCCCGGCGACUUCCACGCUCGCCACGCGGCCACGUCCCGGACCUACCUGUACCGCCUGGUCACUGGCUGUCACCGGUCUGACGAGCUGCCCGUGUUUGAACGCAACCUAUGCUGGGCUCUCCGGGCAGACCGCCUAGACGUGGCCUCCAUGCAAGAAGCGGCCCAGCACCUCCUCGGCACACACGACUUCAGCGCCUUCCAGUCGGCCGGCAGCCCCGUACCAAGCCCCGUGCGGACACUGCGCCGUGUCUCCGUGUCCCCAGGCCUGGCCGGCCCCUUGGUCACCCCCCAGGAGAGCAGGAAGCUGCAGUUCUGGAGCCUAGAGUUUGAGGGCCAGUCCUUCCUGUAUAGACAGGUACGGAGGAUGACAGCUGUGCUGGUGGCUGUGGGGCUGGGGGCUUUGGCACCUGCCCAGGUGAAGACAAUUUUGGAGAGCCAAGACCCCCUGGGCAAGCACCAGACACGCCUGGCCCCAGCCCACGGCUUAUUCCUGAAGUCAGUUCUGUACGGGAGCCUUGAUGCUGCUUCCUGCACCCUGCAGGGGCCACAGUUUGAGAGCCAUGAAUGACCCUGGACACUCGGCCAAAAUCAGGCCACACCAGGCCCAGCAGCCCUGUGCUGGUAAAGCCAGGGCAGUCACAGCUGCCUGGGGCCCACAGCACUGCUGCCUGACCUCCAAAUUAGCCCCAUCUACCUGGGUCCCACCACCCCGGAUGCCCAUCUCUGUCCCGGGCAGGGCAGGGUGCAGUGCAGGAUGUAGUCAGGGGCACCAAGUGGUCUUUUGUUCAGCUUUUACUGGAAACUGCUGUCUGGGACCCCCUGCCCUAACCAUUGUUUUGAGGGCCAGGAGCAAGAAUAAAGGCAAAACAGCCCGGA